AAAAUAAAAGAGUAGUAACUACCAAAACGACGUUCACUACCACAAAUGACAACCUCAUAUUUCCCCGCCGCCAUUCCACGGCCAACCACGCCGCGGCGGAGAGCCACCACCAACUUCUGCCAGCUCCCGGCCACCACCACCACCACCACCACCUCCUUCCUCUCACAAUCGAACCAUAUCCGGCAAAUAAAAAACUUAGCACCACACAAAAUCACACACCAAUUAAAGGCGACAAAUUUGAAGUGGGCGGUUAGGCUGAGAAGCGUAGCCCAAGAAGAGAGCCCCACGACAAGACCUAAAACCUUUGACGCCCAAAAAAUGGUGGAUUUCUUGUACGAGGAUCUCCCCCAUCUGUUCGACGACCAAGGUAUUGAUCGGACGGCGUACGAUGAUCGUGUUAAAUUCAGAGACCCAAUUACGAAGCACGACAGUAUAAGUGGUUACCUCUUUAAUAUUGCUAUGUUGAGGAAGCUCUUCACCCCUGAUUUUCAGCUCCACUGGGUUAAGCAGACAGGAGCUUAUGAAAUAACUACAAGGUGGACUAUGGUAAUGAAAUUUGUACUUGUACCUUGGAAACCCGAGUUAGUCUUCACAGGUACUUCUGUCAUGGGAAUCAACCCCGAAACGAACAAAUUCAACAGCCAUGUGGACUAUUGGGAUUCAAUCAAGAACAACGAUUACUUUUCCGUGGAAGGUUUAGUGGACGUUGCAAAGCAGUUGCGAUACUACAAGACCCCUGACCUGGAAACACCGAAAUAUCAAAUACUGAAAAGAACAGCAAAUUACGAGGUGAGAAAAUACGACCCGUUUAUUGUUGUCGAAACAAAUGGUGACAAGUUGUCUGGUUCGAGUGGCUUCAAUUCAGUGGCUGGGUACAUAUUUGGGAAGAAUUCUGCGGCAGAGAAAAUAAAAAUGACGACACCGGUAUUUACGCAGACAUUUGAUCCCGAAGUAUCCAAAGUUUCGAUUCAGAUAGUUCUUCCAUCAGAGAAAGAUUUAAAUAGUUUGCCAGCUCCGAACAAAGCGGAAAUUGGCUUGAGGAAGGUGGAAGGAGGUAUAGCUGCGGUAUCGAAAUUCAGCGGAAAACCAAGUGACCAAAUUGCCCUUGAGAAGGAAAAAUAUCUGCGCUUGAAUCUCGUAAACGAUGGUCUGAAAGCUAAAGAGGGUUGUUUGUUAGCUCGAUACAACGAUCCGGGCAGGACUCGGAGCUUUAUAAUGAGGAAUGAAGUACUUAUAUGGCUGGAAGAGUUCUCACUGGAGUGCUGAUGUCAGCUAUCAAUCAAUCUUAAUCAUUCACUUUUUCUUGCAAAUAAUAUAAUUAAUACUGAAUCCAAUAUGUCCUGAGAGAAAAUUUUGUUACAUUGGGCAGAUGUAAAAUAAUUGGAAAGAAGAAAAUUGUAAUUGUGAUUAUAAUUGUUUAGCCUUUGCUAUAUAUAUUCUGAUCCUUGUGAUAUGUCAAACUCAACUUUAAUAAUAUUUAAGUGGGUUGCGUUUA